UGGACGAUGAAAGGCUUUCAGCAGAAGAAAUGGAUGAGAGGAGGCGUCAGAACAUUGCUUACGAGUAUCUCUGCCACUUAGAGGAAGCAAAAAGAUGGAUGGAGGUCUGCUUGGAUGAAGAACUGCCCCCUACUACCGAGCUGGAAGAAGGGUUAAGAAAUGGUGUCUACCUUGCCAAGCUAGCAAAAUUCUUUGCCCCUAAUGUGGUGUCAGACAAAAAGAUCUACGAUGUGGAGCAGACACGUUAUAAGAGAUCAGGCCUUCAUUUUCGACACACUGAUAAUACUGUGCAAUGGUUAAGAGCAAUGGAGUCCAUUGGUCUACCUAAGAUUUUUUAUCCAGAGACAACGGAUGUCUACGAUAGGAAAAACAUACCUAGAAUGAUAUAUUGCAUUCAUGCUCUAAGUUUGUAUUUAUUCAAAUUAGGAUUAGCACCACAGAUUCAGGACCUACUGGGAAAAGUGGACUUCACAGAAGAAGAAAUCAGCAACAUGCGCAAGGAGCUAGAGAAGUAUGGUAUACAGAUGCCAUCUUUUAGCAAAAUCGGCGGGAUUCUGGCCAGUGAAUUAUCGGUGGAUGAAGCUGCAUUGCACGCUGCUGUAAUAGCAAUUAAUGAAGCUAUCGAGAAGGGAAUAGCAGAACAAACCAUUGUAACUCUGAGGAACCCAAAUGCAAUGUUGCUAAAUGUGGAUGAGGAACUUGCACAGGAAUAUCAGAAUGAACUCUUCGAUGCUAAAAGGAGGAAAGAGUCAAAUGCAAGGCUCAAGAAUGGCACAAUCUCAGAAGAGGAGAGAGAUGUCUAUGAAGAACUUCUGACACAAGCAGAGAUUCAAGGCAAUAUCAAUAAGAUAAACAUUCACAUAGCUUUAGUCCAAGUGAAUGAGGCUAUUGACCGGCAAGAUGAAGUGGCGCUGAUGGCAGGUUUGAACCGUCCUGCUCUGAGCCUACUUGAAGUUCUGCCGCAAAAUUCCUCAUGGUACCUAAUGCAAUUGUGUGAUUCUAAAGAACAGAAAAUGCAGAUAGCAGGGCUUCCAAACAUGCUCGACAAAAGUGAAAUACAGAAAGAAGUUAGUGUUGCCAAUGCGGAAGCUGAGGCUCACAAGCUUAAACUUAUAGCAGUUGACAAUAUCAAUUCUGCAAUUCGUAACUGUGAUCCUAGUAAAACGCUGGUUGCACUGAUGAAACCGGAGGCCCAGUUGCCUGUUGUUCACUCAUUUGCUGCUGCUGUCUAUCAAACUGAGCUGUUCAACCUUCAACAACAGAAUGCUGUGAAUUACCUGGCACAUGAUGAACUCUCUAUUGCUGUGGAAAUGUUAUCAGCCGUUGUGUUGUUAAACUAGGCCUCGGAAAAUAAGGACAUCCUAACAGUAAAGAAUCACCUCAGAAAUCCAUGUAUUGGCUUCAAUAAUCUGGAAGAAGAAAACUUUCAACGUUAUGCUGAUACACUAUUGUCUAUUAAGUCAGAGGCUUCAUCUCAAGGCCAAGAUUAUUUAAGCUGGAAUGAUAUCCAGAACUGCAUUGACAUGGUUAAUAUGCAAAUUCAAGAAGAAAAUGAAAGAAUUAUUGCCAUUGGUCACAUUAAUGAAGCAAUUGACCAAGGAAAUCCUGAGAGAACUCUAGAAACUCUGUUGUUACCCACAGCCAAACUCCAAGAUGUGAGACCAAUGAAUGCAAGGCAUUAUCAGGAUGUCCUGCACCAAGCCAAAGCUCAGAAAUGCAAGGAAUCCCAGGAUGACUCAGCGGUUUUGUGGCUGGAUGAAAUACAAAAAGGGAUCAACGAUGCCAAUAGUAAUAUAAAAGAAGCAGAAAUCUUGGCUCUCGGGACAUCAAUGAUUAACAAGAGCUUGGAGAAGGGAGAUUCACAGGCCAUCCUGAUGAUAUUGCAGUCUAAAUUUGGACUACGAGUCAUUCCAGAAUGUUCUGAAACCUAUUUCAAGACCCUUUCAGAAGCCAAGAAGCUAAAACAUACAGCAGAUUCUAAUGAAAGUCCAUGGAUUAAGCUUGUAAUGAAAGAUGUGUAUGAUUACUAUUACAAUGUGGAAACUGAACAAGGUACCUGUGUUGCCCCUGAAGGAGUUGCACCAAAAACUUCAUGGUUAACUGGUCAAGAAAUCCAGUACUUUCAAAUAGAUUACAAUCGAGAGCAGCUGUGGCUUGCUAAUGAAAAUCUGAUUGUUCAGCUGCAAGCCCGAGCAAGGGGGUUCUUAGUCAGAAAAAACUACGAAGCCCGAAAAGCCUACCUGCAAAGCCAGGAACCGUCUGCUGUCAAAAUACAGGCUUUCUGGAAAGGAUACAAACAAAGGAAAAGCUAUGUUGACAGACUAAAGGUGCUUCAAGGCAAUGUUGCUGCUAUUGUCAAGAUUCAAUCAUGGAUCAAAAUGUGGCUAGCAAGGAGAGCUUAUAGGAAACGUCUGCAGUACUUCAAGGAUCAUAAUGACGAAAUUGCGAAGAUACAAGUGUUUCUCAGAGCAAAUAAAGCUAGGGAGGACUACAGAACACUAAUUGGUGCUGAAAAUCCGCCCUUGACUGUCUUGCGCAAAUUUGCCUACCUCUUGGACCAAAGUGACUUAGACUUUCAAGAAGAACUAGAAGUAACAAGGUUAAGGGAAGAAGUGGUUACAAAAAUCCGAUCCAAUCAGCAACUGGAGAAGGACUUGAACUUAAUGGAUAUUAAGAUUGGACUGCUGGUAAAAAACAGAAUCACUCUUCAGGAUGUGGUACUGCACAGUAAGAAACUUAACAAAAAGAGCAAAAGUCAACUGGAAGAGAUGGUUAUGGUUGACAAACAGGGUAUCAAAGGUUUGAGCAAGGAGAGAAGGAAAAAACUGGAAGCUUACCAACAUUUAUUCUACCUUUUACAGACUAAUCCCACGUAUCUGGCGAAGCUGAUUUUCCAGAUGCCUCAAAACAAAUCAACCAAAUUUAUGGAUACAGUCAUCUUCACUCUGUAUAACUAUGCCUCCAAUCAGCGAGAAGAAUAUCUGCUUCUCAAGCUCUUUAAAACUGCUCUAGAAGAAGAAAUAAACUCCAAGGUGGAUCAGAUACAGGAUAUUGUCACUGGAAACCCCACUGUCAUUAAGAUGGUUGUCAGCUUCAACCGAGGUGCUCGAGGACAGAACACCCUGCGCCAGCUCCUGGCUCCAGUGGUGAAGGACAUCAUGGAUGACAAGUCCCUCAUAAUCAACACUAGCCCUGUGGAUGUGUACAAGGCAUGGGUAAACCAGUUAGAAAUGCAGACUGGUGAGGCCAGCAAAUUGCCAUAUGAUGUAACCACAGAACAAGCACUAACACAUACAGAAGUAGUCAACAAGUUGGAAUCGUCGAUUCAGAGUUUGCGAGCAGUAACAGACAAAGUUCUCACCUCCAUAUUCUCAUCUCUCACUAUGAUGCCUUAUGGAAUGAGAUAUAUAGCCAAAGUUCUGAAGAGCUCGCUCCAUGAGAAAUUCCCAGAUGCAACAGAAGAUGAACUAUUGAAGAUUGUUGGCAACCUCCUGUAUUACCGCUUCAUGAACCCGGCCAUUGUUGCUCCUGAUGGCUUUGACAUCAUUGAUAUGACAGCAGGGGGCCAGAUACACCCUGACCAGAGGAGGAAUCUGGGUUGUGUUGCCAAGGUCCUCCAGCACGCUGCCUCUAACAAGCUCUUUGAAGGAGAGAGUGAGCAUCUUUCAUCUAUGAAUGCUUACCUCUCACAGACGUACCAGAAGUUCAGGAACUUCUUUCAGUCUGCCUGUGAUGUUCCUGAACCAGAGGAGAAAUUCAAUAUUGAUGAAUACUCAGACAUGGUGACCCUUAGCAAACCUGUCAUAUAUAUUUCCAUUGAAGAAAUUAUCAAUACCCAUUCACUACUGUUAGAACACCAGGAUGCCAUUGCCACUGAGCCCAAUGACCUGCUGAAUGAAUUGUUGGAAGGGCUAGGGCCUGUUCCUGAUGUGGAGUCUUUUCUUGGGGAAGGAGCUGUUGAUCCCAAUGACCCCAACAGGGAAAGCACACUGAAUCAGCUAGCAAAAACAGAGAUUUCACUGUCUCUAACCAGCAAAUAUGAGUUACGUGAAGGUGAAGAUCAGGAUCUCAAAAGCCUGAUGAUAAAGACCAAAAGACUUAUUGUGGAUGUGAUACGAACACAGCCAGGGGAUACACUCUUAGAAAUCUUAGAAACACCAGCAACUGCACAACAGGAAUCUGAGCACUUGAAAAUUGUAGAAAAACGUGCUAUCUUAGAUUCCAAAACUCCAGAGAAAAUGAAGCACAGUCAGUCUAUUUUUGAAGAUGGGCAGCUACCAAUAGAACAGAAGAAAAGGAAAAUUCAGAGAAAUCUCCGGACUUUGGAACAAGCAGGACUAGUAUCUUCAGCAACUAAAUAUCAAGAAAUUAUCAAUGAGAUUGCUAAGGAUAUCCGAAAUCAAAGGAGAUACAGACAUCAUCGAAAAGCUGAACUGGUGAAACUUCAGCAGACUCUGAAUGCACUUAACUCCAAGACAGCAUUUUAUGAGGAACAAAUUAAUUAUUACAACACCUAUAUAAAAACUUGUUUAGACAACUUAACAAGAAAAAAUUCUCGGAGGUCAAUUAAACUGGAUGGAAAAGAUGAGGUGAAAGGAAGCAAAAAAAUGAAGCAGGCAUCAUUAAAGUACACAGCUGCAAGACUGCAUGAGAAAGGUGUCAUUUUAGAAAUUGAAGAUCUUCAAACCAACCAGUUUAAGAAUGUUAUGUUUGAUAUCACACCUGGAGAAGAAGUAGGAGACUUUGAAAUCAAAGCAAAAUUUCUGGGAGUCGAGAUGGAAAAAGUGCAACUCCAUUUCCAGGAUUUGCUCCAGAUGCAGUAUGAAGGUGUGGCUGUAAUGAAAAUGUUUGAUAAAGCGAAAGUGAAUGUGAACUUGCUCAUAUUCUUGUUGAAUAAGAAAUUCUAUGGAAAAUGAGCAUGUCAGACAUGGACUCUACAUCCAUCAGUGGGAAGUCUAAUCAGUAUUUUUUGCUCUUAAAUGUUUCAAGUUUCAUUGGACGCUUUUUAACUUUAAAGAAACAAAACACCAAAUGUUCAGAGGAAUGUACGCAGUGCCUUUUCAUCACUGAUAAUGAAGCAGAAAAAUAGAAAAUAGAUUAAUUUAAACACUUCCAGAUUCACUGGUGUUGGUACUUUCAAAUCAAAAUAUUGUUUAGGACACUCAGCUAUUGUGGUUGUGUGGAUUUUUUUAAGGUAGGCAGAAAAUGAAUUUAGUUGAAUAUAUAAACCUCUUCCUAUUAAAGCAUUUUUAAAUGACCUCAGAUAUAUAAUAUAGUUCUUAUUAGACUUUAAGUAUUUACCAAAAGAAAUCCUAACUUGUUUCUAGGGGAUAGCUUGAGCAAAUAUUUAGCUACAUACUAAGCCUAUUUUCUGGCAGUUGUCAAUUGAAAAGCGAAUUUAUUGUGCAAUUCAAAAAAUUUAUAGGUAAUUAUAAACUUACAAUAACAUUUUACUGUACAAAAAUAUAUUUUGUGAUUCAUUCCUACUAAAUAGAAUGCACUACUGCCUCAUAUUAAAUGACAUUUUCUACUUUUACAGCCUUUUGAGUGGCAUGGGGACAACCUGAAUAGAGAACAGAUGUCGUUCAGUUUGAAGUAUUUGAAUACAAAAAUUGUGCCUGUCUGUCUCUUUUGUAAGAAAAUAAAUGCAAUAAAAUCA